AUGGUCUUUACCACUGCAGGCCCUGCUCCCGGUGCCAUAAUGAUCGAGUGGAACGCGCACGAUCCAUCUGGUCAGCAAGCGGCUGCAGGAAUGUGGGACAGCCAUAUUAGGUUGUAUUCGCAAUGUCCCUCAGGCUCUGGAACAUGGGUCUGGACUGCCGACCACGAUCUUGAUACUCCCGGCUCUUCUGACAUCUCGAUCUUUACUGGUCGCGGAAUUUUUUCCGGGUCUCAGGGCCCGGUAUGGCUUAUUGGCACAUCUGAACACGCUGCGCUGUACCAGUAUAGCCUGGUGAACGCUCAGAACCACUAUAUUGGCUUUGCCCAGACUGAAAUGCCAUAUUACCAACCCUCUCCAGCUGCCCCAGCACCUUAUAGCACUGUCUCAUCCUACAAUGACCCUACCUUUUCGAGUCCGACCAACAUGGCCUGGGGAACGUACAUCCAGUCUUCAAACAACAUCAUCAUAUUUGGAGCAGGCUUCUAUAGCUUUCCCCCCAAGCUUCAUCAGCAAACUCGUAAAGCAAUAAUGGAAUCCGCGCCCUCCUCAAACACGAUCGAUGUCAAGAGGAACAGCAGCGUCUCAGUAUUGAAGCUGACAACCUGGGCCGUUAUUUUGGAGAUGAGCUCUCUGCUUUAG